AUGGGUCCACCAACCGUGGCGAGGCAAAGUGCAGCAGGCGAUGGAGUGCCUUCUGUCGCGCAUCGCUCAGAGGAGACCUCUCCAUCUUCUCAGCCAUCCGUCGGUGGUGGGGAUGCUCCCCAAGUGAAGGUAGAGGAGGGUCAUGGGCCUCCUCAGUCUGCUCCGUCUGAGCAGGCGACGAGUGACGAUUUUCAUUUGAUGUGGAGCGAGCUUGAAGCGUAUUUGACGAAACGUUUUUCUGGGGGCCCGCAGAGUCUGGUGUCUUUGCGGCGUGUGCUGGACCAUGUGAAGCGGCAAAGACUGAGGGUGGAGGAAUUGGCUUUCCUCAUAGGAAACUCCUUCCCCGACGCCCCCGACGUUUCGCUUUGCAUGUCGCUGUUCCUCCCAGACAGAACUUUGAUUCAUGCGGGGAACCCAGCAGCUGCCAUGUGCAUCCUAAUUCAGAACAUGGCCCCUGACAAAUAUGCUAUUUUCAAUAGUAUUCUGAAGAGUUGUAUGGCGCAGAAGACGCAGCGCGGCAGUCGGGAUAUUUUGCUCCACCGCAUGCAGCUUCUCUUCAGAGGCCAUCCUCUGGUGAUUCGUGCAAUAAGAAAGCUUCUUGUACAGCAAUUCUGCAUCGAGAAGAAUGGCGGCGUUAUCCGUAAAAAUCAGGCGCUAGAACUGGCCAAGCCAUUUGACGAUGAACCCGUUCAGGUUCACUCCGUAUUUCGUCUAGCGUAUCAAGUGGGGCUUUCUGGAGGCUGUGCAGAGCGGGCGAGGGUGUUGGCGUCGAAUGUUUUGCAUUUAGUUCGGAUGUUCCUUUCGAAACGGUUGGCGUUUUCGUCUUUCAGCGACGAAAUCGAUCGGGUUUUCGCCUCAUUUCCGUCUUGGUUUCAUGUGGCUGGCGAUAUAAAGCAGCUCAUCUUAACUGUCUGUAGCAGAGAUAUCCAACACGGCAAAGAAAUCGAACGCGUCGUCAAACUUCUUGCAGCGAGGAACCCUGCAGCUUGCAGCGACCGUCGGGCUGGUUUGCUGCAUUUGUGCGAUUUGUUUUUACACGGGGUUGCGAGUCAAUCUUUGUCCCUUCGCAUUGAAAUCGAUCAUAUAAUUUCUAGAACUGCGAACAAGGAGAUUUCCGCUGCUCUUGCCCUGCAGCGCAUAGCUGCCCUCCUCCUCCGCUUCCCCGAUUGUUCUGAGAAACUGGGCGUUCUGAUUCGUCUCUUUAAAGACAUUCACAUCAAAGAUUUGACGCAAGCAAAACCAAAAACAGCAACAGCACCAGCAAGUACAGCGAACGCCACACACGUGAAAACAACAGCAGAGGCAACGCAGAGUAUUGCUGCAACAGCAGCAGACGCAGCAUCUAUAACAUCUACCGCAACAGUUGAAAAGACAGCAGAUUCCAACACAACGGAUGCCACGGGAACUGCACAAAGCGAAGCCAAAGCACCCUCUCAGGCAACUGGCGCGCUGUCGUGUACAGAGGCAGCAGAUGGCUUCAAAGAGGACCAAAUAACACUCCACCAGCAAACAGAAAGCACAAAGACAGAAAAUGCAGAAGAGCCAUCUCCAGCUGGUCUGCCGGCGAGCCCUUCUUGUCCCUCGGGCUCUCCCUCACCAGUCUGCGAGUCUGUCAGCAGCGAAAACGCCGCAACAGACCAGCAAAAUAGAGUUCUUUCUCCUGCGGAGUUGCAGGUAGUUCGUGCUGCUGCCGAUUUGUUGUGUAAAUGCGUCGAACCAUCAAGAUAUCGAAGCCAAGAGAUUAUGAUUCAAAUUCUCAGCUACACUGAGGUGCAACCAGUUUACCACGUCGUUGAUGACUGGAACGCAGGGAGGCUUUCUCCUGAAGGAGUGUAUUCUGGUUUGUGCGCUGCUGCCGCUUCUUCUUCUUGGGGUUUAGGACCAGUUCAUCGUUUAGCUUUCCUGCUUAAAAGUUUGAAGAAACCGCUGCGCAGCCGCCCGCUGCUGACGCGGCAGCAAUCAGACAAACUGCCGAAGAACGGCUCUUACAGAAAACUCCCCGAGGAGUGCAGCACAGCUACCUGCAGUGGUAGGGAUGCUCUUUCCUGGCAGGUUCUCAACGACAGCUGGGGUCUUUUCCCCGACAGUUCUGAGAGCCAGGCGCGGCAUAUGAACAGGCACGAAGAAGCUCUUCUCUCUUUGGCUGAUUCGCGUUACGAAUGGGAUAUGCGUAUCUGUUUGUUAGAGUCGUGUUUAAAACGACUUAAAGCAAUUAAAGAAGCCAUAGAGCAAUACCCAGAUGAAGAACGUCAAAAUUGCACCGUUAGACCCUCCUUCUUCCAACAAACACACGUCAGCUGUCUCAGGCGCAUCUUUGGCAGUAACACCGAACAAGUGUUGUCUAGUCUGUGUGCUUCUCCAUUUGCUUCCCUGUCGAUGGUUUUAAGCACUUUAGAAGCGAAGCUGCUGCAGUGGCGAGCCAUGGCUGAAGUGCUGGCGGCCUAUUGGACUUCUUUGGAGGCGCCGCACUAUGCUGGGGCGGUAGAUUUUAAAAAGCGAUGUACAGACAAUAAAAGAGGAGGCGGAGAAAUAGAAGAAAUGCGCAGCUCCGAUGGCAGAAACAAAUAUGCGAGAACCAAUAAAAAUGAUAACGCAUAA